GGGGCCGGGGCCGGGAUGGGGCAGCGCGAUCGCAUGUUCAAGGUGCUGGUGGUGGGGGACGCCACGGUGGGGAAGACGUCGCUGGUGCAGCGCUACGCCAACGACAGCUUCAACCGGCACUACAAGUCCACGGUGGGAGUGGAUUUUGCUCUGAAGGUGGUCCAGUGGUCGGAAUCGGAGACGGUGCGGCUUCAGCUCUGGGACAUUGCAGGGCAGGAACGCUUCACAUCCAUGACCCGGCUGUACUACAGGGAGGCGUCAGCCUGCGUUAUCAUGUUUGAUGUCACCAACAUCAGCACGUUCAGCAACAGCCAGAAGUGGAAGCAGGAUUUGGACAGCAAGCUCAUGCUGCCGGAUGGGAACCCCGUGCCUUGCCUACUGCUGGCUAACAAAUGCGACCUUUCCCCAUGGGCAGUGACAAGAGACGAAGUGGAUCGGUUCAGCAAAGAAAAUGGCUUUUCUGGUUGGGUGGAGACGUCUGUCAAGGAAAACAAGAAUAUUAACGAGUCCAUGAGAGUCCUGAUUGAAAAGAUGAUGUCCUCAUCCACCGGUGAUGGAAGUUCCUCUGCUGCCGGGAGUGGGGAUUAUAUUAACAUAAAAGAGACAAACCCGCCAGGCUGGGCUUGCUGUUAGGUGCACUGACUGCACCAUAUGCCUUGGGUCUAACAGCAAUGUCCUUUUAUUAUUAUCAUCAUCAUUUUUUCCUAAACUGGCUGUCACUCUUUUUUGGUUUGUUUUUUUUUUUUUACAUGAUCGUGAACUGUCUUCUGUUUACUGCAUUUUUGUUCUCAGUAGAGCAUUGCUGCAAUGACUUGGAGUGAGGAGUGGAAAAAAGAGUGAGAAGAUUCCUCUUUCUUCUGAUGUAGCAGCAACUGGAAGCUCUGCUGCCAGUAAUGUAGCGCGGUCUGUGUUCAAGCACGUGGCUUGGAUUAUUUUUUUUUUAAAUGUUGAGC